UGAAAGAGGUUCGUCGAGAGUCAGUGAUCAGUCUGAGGCAAGACACCGAGGAGGAUAGGAGUGGAGGGCAGAGUAGCCCCAGAGCCUCACCACAAUGAAUCGGGCACGCGUUUUAUCACACUUGCUUUCAAGGGCUCCUCCAGGGACCCCCCUGGCUGCUGCGCGAACUUUUCUAUAUGGGGGCACACGAGGAAAGGCCUCGGCCCCACCCCCGCCCACAGCCCUUGCUGCAGAGCCUUUCCUGAAUGGCUCCUCCUCUAAUUAUGUGGAAGAAAUGUAUACUGCCUGGCUUCAGGACCCGAAAAGUGUCCAUCAAUCAUGGGACACCUUUUUCCGAAAUGCCUCAGCUGGCGCAGCCCCAGGUACAGCCUACACAGCCCCUCCCUCCCUUGCGGAACCCACCCCACACCAUGUCCCCCUGUCCUCCAUUGCCCCUGCCAUGAGCACCAGCCCCAUGGUUGGAGAUGCUCAAAUUUCCGACAAAGUUAUUGACGACCACUUGGCUGUGCAAGGCAUAAUCAGGGCAUAUCAGGCUCGUGGGCAUUUGGUAGCAGCGUUGGAUCCACUUGGCAUAGACCGAGAAGCCCUCAAGGACCGUCCCCCCACCACGCUGCCGUCCAGAACAGUAGUCCGCUCCUAUGUUGAUGCAUUUGGCGAAGAAGAUAUGGAACGCUCAUUUAAGUUGCCUAUGUCAACUUAUGUUGGAGGCAAGGAAAGACAGCUGCCACUCAAGGAGAUCAUCCAGAGAUUAGAAAAUGCUUAUUGCCGCUCUAUUGGUGUUGAAUUCAUGUUUAUCAAUUCACUAGAGCAAUGUAAUUGGAUUCGUCAGAAGUUUGAAUCGCCAGGUGUAAUGACAAUGGAUUCUAUGGAGAAACGUCUCCUUCUUGCAAGAUUAACUCGCUCACAUGGGUUUGAGGCAUUCUUGGCCCGUAAAUUUUCAUCGGAGAAACGCUUUGGCUUGGAAGGUUGUGAGAUCUUGAUCCCUGCAAUGAAACAGGUGAUUGACCGUUCCACUUCCCUUGGAGUGGAAAGCUUUGUCAUGGGAAUGCCCCACAGAGGCCGCCUCAAUGUACUGGCCAACGUGUGCAGGAAGCCCCUUGAGCACAUCUUCACUCAGUUUGCUGGACUCGAGAGUGCUGAUGAGGGUUCAGGUGAUGUAAAAUACCACUUGGGAACUUACCAAGAGCGACUGAAUCGCGUGACUAACAAAAAUAUCCGUCUCGCCAUUGUUGCCAAUCCAUCCCAUCUGGAAGCAUGUGACCCUGUUGUUCAGGGCAAGACAAGAGCUGAGCAGUUCUACCAUGGAGACUCCGAGGGCAAGAAGGUGCUGUCCAUUCUUCUUCAUGGAGAUGCUGCUUUCUCAGGCCAGGGCAUUGUUUAUGAGACUUUCCACUUGUCAGAGCUCCCAGAGUACACCACCCAUGGCACAAUUCAUAUUGUUGUCAAUAACCAGAUUGGCUUUACAACUGACCCUCGCAUGUCACGUUCUUCCCCUUACUGUACUGAUGUGGCCCGCGUCGUCAAUGCCCCCAUCUUCCACGUAAAUGCUGAUGACCCAGAGGCGGUCAUGCAUGUCUGUAAUGUUGCAGCUGACUGGCGCAGCACUUUCCACAAGGAUGUUGUCAUUGAUUUGGUGUGCUACAGACGUAAUGGUCACAAUGAAAUUGACGAGCCUAUGUUCACGCAGCCACUCAUGUACACUAGGAUUCGUAAAUUGAAGCCUGUGAUUGAACUUUAUGGAGAUAAGCUCAUUAGUGAAGGGGUUGUAACUCCAGAGGAAGUUAAGGAAGUAAAGGACAAAUAUGAAAAGAUUCUCGAGACUGCCUUUUCUGUGGCAAAGCAAGAAACUCAGGUGUUCAACAAACAUUGGAUUGACUCACCUUGGUCCGGCUUCUUUGAGGGCAAGGAUCCCCUGAAGAUAUCUCCCACGGGUGUUCAUGAGGACACUCUCAAGCACAUUGGCAAAAAGUUCUCAAGUGCUCCUCCUAAUGCCAGUGACUUUGUUAUCCACAGAGGCAUCCAACGUAUUCUCAACAGCCGCAUGGAAAUGGUUGAAUCUCGCACAGCUGACUGGGCCUUGGGAGAAGCCAUGGCUUUUGGUUCUCUGCUCAAGGAAGGAACUCAUGUUCGUCUCUCAGGCCAGGAUGUAGAAAGAGGAACAUUCUCCCACCGACACCAUGUGCUUCACCACCAAAAGGCAUUUAAAGACACAUCUGUGGACAAGUCCCAGUACAAUGCACUUGCAAACCUCUACCGUGACCAAGCCCCAUACACUGUCUGCAAUUCCUCAUUGUCGGAAUAUGCUGUCCUCGGCUUUGAGCUUGGCUUCUCGAUGACAAACCCCAAUGCACUGGUUAUCUGGGAGGCUCAGUUUGGUGACUUCAACAACACAGCACAGUGCAUUAUUGACCAGUUCAUGUCGUCUGGCCAGUCCAAGUGGAUCCGACAGUCUGGGUUGGUUCUCCUGCUGCCCCAUGGCAUGGAAGGAAUGGGUCCAGAACACUCCAGUGCUCGCCUUGAGCGCUUCCUACAAAUGACUUCUGAUGACCCUGAUGUUCUUCCACCAUUCUCGGAUGACUUCGCCAUCAGGCAGCUGUCUGACAUCAACUGGAUUGUUGCCAACUGCUCGACACCUGCCAGCUACUUCCACAUCUUGCGACGACAGAUUGCUCUGCCAUUCCGUAAACCCCUGAUCAUCAUGACCCCCAAGUCUCUUCUCCGACUCCCUGAAGCGCGAUCCUCGUUUGAUGAAAUGAUUGAGGGAACAGAAUUCCAGAGAAUGUACCCUGAAGCUGGUCCUGCCUCAAACAACCCAGCCAAUGUCAAGCGACUCAUUUUCUGCUCUGGGCGUGUCUACUAUGACCUUCUUCAAGCUCGCAAAGAGGCAGGAUUAGAGGAAAAGAUUGCUAUUGCACGUGUGGAACAAAUUGCACCAUUCCCAUAUGACUUAGUCAUGAAGGAGUGUGCCAAGUACGCAGAUGCUGAGUUGGUCUGGUCACAGGAAGAACACAAGAACAUGGGAGCAUGGUCAUAUAUCCAGCCUCGCAUUUCCACUGCUUUGAACCAUGAACGUCACAUUUCAUAUGCUGGCCGUCCAGUUUCGGCCUCUCCUGCCACCGGCAACAAGAAGACCCACAUUCGCGAGAGCAAGCAGCUCUUGGAAGACUCCUUGGCUUUGUAGAUAUACCCUCAUGCAUGCCUCUCUGUGCUGAUGGGGAAGAAAAACAAAUCAACCAAGCCAACUGCAUGUAGCCAAAUUCGGUUGAUGAAGUGCAAGAAGGCCACGUUCAAGAUGACUCGCAAUGCAAGAUGCAGACUCGUUGCAGUAGAAUGGCGCGAAGAGAAGGGGGGAGGGCAAAGGGAAGAGAGAGCGAGAGUAAUGAAACUCUGAUAUUUUGGACAUCUCAGUGUUCAUAGAAUGCAUUGUGGGGAAAGUGUUUUUUUUUUUUUUUCUUUCUUUCUUUUUAAAUUUAUUUAUUUUUCUUGUUCAUUUGUCUGUUCCGGUUGAGCUGUAUAAUGGGGUCAUGUGAAAAGAAAUGCUAAUAGUAGUGAGAGAUGGCAACAUAUUUUCUGGUGAUUUAUUGAUCAAGCUUCCAUUAUUAUUUAUUUUUUUUUUUUUGUCUUAUGUUAUUGUUGAUGUUAAUUGUCAUUAAUUAUUUAUUUCCUGCUAUAUAGUUAUAUUUUGGGUUUCCAGUCUUGAAAAAUGUUGUGAUUAUGAAUUAUUGUAAAUAGUAGUGUAAUUAAAGUACUACGAGCCUGUCGAUAGAAGGUGGGUCCCAGUUUCUGUGGGAUCAUAUUUAUAUACUUGUACAUUUACUUCUUCGGUAAUAUGAGUUGGCAACACAGCCCCAUAAGAAAAGAAAGUUUUGCUCAUAGAUUCGACAUGAUAAGAGGCUGGAAUGAUGCUGGGAAGAUAGGUUAAUAUUUAUGUAAAAAACAAAAUUGAAUGAAAAAAAAAAAAAGAUUUUUAAAUAUCUUCACUGCACACAAAGUACUGCUGAUUACGACAUUUGUAUGAUUAUGAUUUGCUAAAAAAAAAGAUGAGAGCAUAUUGCUGUCCUGUAGAUUAAACUUGCUAGAUAAGAGUAAAUGAGGAAUGACAUUAAGCACAAGAGGUUGUGGUAUGUAUUAGCUGCAUUUUUUAUAGUUUGAAUCAUUUAAUUCUUCGUGGUUCAAGCUCGCCUGUAUUUAUAUGUAUGAGAAGGAAUCAUUUAUAUUUGAUAAAAAUGAUAAUGGUUUGAAGCAGUAUACACUUAACAUUGGAUUAAAGAAUGCAGCUUAGUGUGAAACAGAGCUCAGUGUGUUUGCGAGAUCAGAUUAGCAAGUGUGUUAGGUUUCAGUUGUGUUGUAAUGCUCAAUUGACUAAUGGGACUGAGAGGAUCAAGUGUGAGAUCAUUGUUUGAAUUGAUGAUCAUAUCUCUUGCACAAUCAACAAAUUUUAACACUGACUUCUUAAUAUAGAAAUAUUUUUCAGUAGUUUUGAGCUUAUAGGGCUAUCCCAUCCCUUUUAACUUGCUUCCUGUUUUCUGCUUCACUCUCUUCUCCCCUUUUUCUCCUCCCCUCUUCUAUCCUCUUUCCUCUCUCCUGUUACACUCACUCACAUUCAUUCACUCUCGGUAUCUCUCUUUCCGCCUCUCCAUUGUUGCUCACUAAUACCCCCUUUGUCAUGGUAUAAGGGUUGUCCAAGUCUGAAACACAGUGGAUUUUCCACCAUUGUGAUGUUCAGUAGGGACUCAAAAGCCUACCUAAUGUUGAACUGUCAGUGCUACUUUAGCCUGUGUAUGUGACCAUGCCAUCACACUGGUGGUGCACAGUUAAGUAUUUGAGGUUACACCUAUAUGUUGCUGGAUUACUUAAGUUUACAGAUAGACAUUCUGAAGUUCCUUGUUCACAUCAUCGUAUGGUUGACUCUCCCCCAUCCCAGUGACGUUUUUGGAGGCCCUUUUUAGAGAUUAUCUCUUAAGGGGCUCUCAUUAAGGUAAAAAUUCCUUUCUAGCAUCUUUUUGGGGAAGACCCAACAGUAGUGACAAUAGUUAUAGCCACUUGUUAUAACUGAGCUUGAUUCACUUUUGUCAGCAUAGUUCUCUUAUUUAGCAUAGUACAAUUAAUCUGCAGUUGUGUUAGAAGCAAUGUCUUUCUUUACUGUGUAUUGACCUAGUCCAGCUACCAAAGUAUGAAUUUUAACAUUGGUUUAUUUGAAGGUGUACAUUUAAACUUCUUCUUAUUAUAAUGAUCUUACCAUCAGAGCAGUUCAAGUUUUUAAAUUGUAUAUGAAAAAUUGAGCCUCCCAGAUAACAAUCCAGUUCAUAUAAAGCUUCUGUAUUUUAUUAAAUGAAACGAAAUUUGUAGAAUAUUAAUAGCAGAGCCACAUGGGUCCCCCUUGCAUGUACUCUGUUUUGCGUAGUAAUAAUGGCAACACUUAUAGUUCAUUAUGCAAGUAGAUACAUGUCUUAAUCUCUUAAAGAGUAGUGGUGUUCAGAUUUAAUUUACAGGUUUCUUGGUUGAGCAAGUAUGGAAAUGUGAAUUUCCAGCAUUUUGUGGAACUUUGUUUUUAGCUUAAAUAUUUUACAACUUGUUAACCACCUUGAAGAAAUAAUUAUGAUGAGUACUUUAGAGCCUAACCCAUGCAAACAACUCCAGAAAAUUUGGAAUUAGCCAUUUUGUCACUUACUAUGUUUGGUGUUGACAUUCAGUUUGAGCACCAAGUGCCUGAUCACAUCCACAAAAAUGUGUAAAAGUCGUAUUGCACCAUUAUAUUUUAUGCUAGUUCUACUUCUUUAGGAUUGGUUGUUAACUUGCACUGAUAAAGCCAUCCUGAGAAGCACAUACCAGCCCCCUGUACUAUGCAUAAUACCCAGACAACAAAUAAUUUUUCACUGGUACUGAAUUUUUGCUUGGGAAAUCAUCUCAGUGAAGAUUGUAAAUAAUGUUUUUAUUUUACAAGCAGUGCUGUACAAUGGUAAAAUAAGAAAAUAUAUCAUACUACAAUGUU